AUGGCUUACUCAUCAACUCUCCUCACCAACAAGGUCGGCAUCGUCACUGGUGCUGGAUCGCCUUUUGGCAUCGGGCGAUCGCUUGUCAUGUCUCUUGCCCUCGCAGGAGCCAAGGCUGUGUAUGCCACCGACCUGACACUGGUCAAUAUUCCUUCUCUGCAGCAGGAAGUUAAGGAUGCUGGCUCCUCGUGUCAGGUUCACGGAGCCAUCCUCGAUGUCACAUCUGAGGACCAGACUGUCUCUGUGCUGAAGGAGAUCAUUGCCACUUAUGGACGACUGGACUUUUACUUUGCCAACGCUGGGUUCGGUAAUUACAAGACACUGGAGGAUACAGAUGCCAAGUACUUCGAUUUUGCCAUCAAUGUGAUGCAACGAUCCUUCUUUCUGGCCCUUAAGUACGGUGGAAAUGCCAUGUGUAACACUUCUGAUGAGAAGUCUCGCCCCUCCGGCUCCAUUAUCGUCACAAGCUCCAUGGCUGGAGUUUCUGGCGCUGUCUCAGAUAUCUCAUACUCUACUGCCAAGGCUGCUGUUGCUGGUAUGCUCAAGUCUGCCUCAGUUCAGCUCUCAGCCUCGCACAUUCGUGUCAACUCGAUCGCUCCUGGCUUCGUCAAGUCGAGCAUCGCUGUGACAUCGGCCAACACAGUCUCUGGCUCUGCCUUUGAUGAGAAGCUGAACGAGGAAAACGCCAAGGAGGUGUUUGACAGUGUUCUGGGACGCCAUGCGGAGGAGAAGUACUACUACAACCGUAUUCCCGAGCCCAUCGAGAUCGCCAACAUUGGUGUCUUCCUUGCGUCGGACUUGUCAGCCUCUGUCAACGCCCAAAACAUCGUGGCCGAUAGUGGAAAGACCGCUGCGGCCUUUGGAGAGACCAUCAUCGCUCCUGUCAAGCCUAUGAAGCCUCUGGAGCCUUGA